CUCCAAAAAGGCUGCAGCGAUAAGGCACAUAUUGGAACGUUCUUCUCUAUCAUUAUGAUAUCGCGCUAUGCUUAUAUAAACAAUACACAAAAAGUCUAAUAAUGUAAUAUUGCAAUGCUUCCGCUGAAUAGUUUCCCGUAGGCAUCACGGGAUUUGAUGAUGAAGACGACGACGAAGAAGAAGAAGAGAAAGAAGAAGAAGAAAGUGCUCAUAGCAUAUGAAGCAGCAUGUUCGGCAUGGUGUGAAAUGUUCACAUCGGAUCAUGCGUCAUGGAGGAACCCGCCCGAGGGUUUCGAAGCGAUUUGGGCGCUAGGAGAAUCUGCAGGAGGACCUCUUCUGGAAGAUCGCUGCUUAGAGUGGAAUUUGUGGGACAUGUUUUCGGGUCAGACUCGCGAACGACUGGCGGUAGGCCGCGGAGCAGACGGGCUCCAUCAAUCAAGAGCAUCGUCGCAGAGCGUAAAGAUUGGAAACAGCUGUGCAAUUCGGAUCUUCAAGCCAUUUCCACAUCUGGCCGUGCGGCUGACGGAAGAGGAGGAGGGGCGUUCGCAGGCCUGAAAGACGCAGGCGAUGGGCUACGCGGCGGAGGAUUGAUCGCGGUGAGGCCACUCACGGGAGGAGGCUGGUGUUGUGGUGGUGGCGCGGAGAGUUCUUUCGAAUGUUGCUGCUGCUGCUGCUGUGGAGGCGGCGGCGUAGCUUCGCUCUGAGGAGAUUCAUCCUGCAACGAGUGGUGCAAGGGUUGCGCGGUCGGCGUGGUAGAUUUGUUGUCGGCGUCGGGACUAUUGCCGGAGGCGUUGUUCUCCGAACCCUUUUUCUG